CAAAUUAAAAAUGAAAUCCAUUAAUAUUUUGAUGUUCCUCUUGGUUUCAAGUACGCUCUGUUUGGUUUCCUUUUGUCAAUCUUUCACAUGGGACAAUAAUCCAAUUGUCCUGCCAACAACUACUCAUGAUGAUAAUCUUGUACUCCCUGCCGUACUUGAUCAAGACGGCGAUCCAGUCAAGAUUGGCAAGGAGUACAUUAUUGAGACUCCCAUCAUCGAAGGUGGAUCUGUAUACUUGGAUAAUAUUGGAGGUCAUAAAUGCCCAAACGAUGUGUUGCUGCAUAUUCCGUAUCUCGGUUUAACGGGAGAUGGGACACCCGUAAAGUUCAUUCUUAAUGAUGAUGAUUUGGUACUGCGUGAAAUGUAUGCCAUACAUAUCAUGUUCUCGGUUAGAACAUCAAGUACAUCGUGUGUUAACCAAACUGUUUGGAAAGUUGGUGAUGAAAAGGACUUCCUCGUAACUGGUGGUACCGUAGGAAAUGAAAAUACCUUCUUUAAGAUGAUGAAAAUUGAGAUGGAAUUACCAGAUUUGAAAAAUGUAUAUAAGUUACUGUAUUGUCCCCCUCAACUUGUGUGUAAAGAUGUCAACGGGGGCUUUGAUAAUGGAUAUCCCCGUCUGCAGGCUCUCGAAGACGACCCUUCCGUUUGUCUUCGUAAAGGCAAAGGAUGCUUAGUUCAUUUAAUUUCCGCUAUAUAUCUUUGCUUUCUAAUAAAGUGCUCCAGUAAGUUCAAUUAA